UGCCUGCAAGACAACAUUGUGGGAAAACUUUGCCUUGAGUAGCCUGUUUACGCCUCUCAUGCUAAUGCGAGCUACUUCAACCGCACUCCGCGAUCUGCUUUAUUCUUAAAAAUGAGCCAUUGUGACAUGCCACAACCUUAAACGUAACCACCAACAGGCUACUUGAAAACAAGCACCUCUCAACACCAACCACAAUGUCAUGCCGCGACAUUCAUGCCACCAAUGCCUUUGCCUUCAUCAUCGCCUUUGUGUCUGUGGCCGGCUUGGCCGUGGCAGCGUUAGUCCCUCAGUGGCGCGUAACCCGACUGGUCACCUUCAAUCGCAACGCCAAGAACAUCAGCGUAUACGACGGGCUGUGGACCAAGUGCGUCAAGCAGGAUGGCUAUUCGGGAUGCUACUAUUAUGAUGCAGAGUGGUACUCCAAAGUGGACCAGCUGGACCUGAGGCUGCUGCAGUUCUGCGUGCCGGCGGCUCUGGCCUUCGGCUCUCUGGCCCUGCUGCUGUGCAUGGCCGGCAUGUGUAAAACCUGCUGCUGCUCCGACAAGCCCGAUCCGGACAUCAAGAGCAUCCGCUUCUUGGUGAACAGCGCCGGCUGCCACCUGGUGGCGGGCGCUUUUCUCUUCCUGGGCGGCGGCGUUGCCAUCGCGCCCUCCGUGUGGUUCCUGUUCGGCACCGAGGAGCUCAACAAGAGAUACGAUGACAUAUUCUCGGACGGCUUUGCUCCGUACGUGUCCAUAGGCUGCUCCGGGGGGCUCAUGCUGGCCGCCCUGCUCAUGUUCAUGUGGUACUGCAUGUGUAAGAAGUUGCCCUCGCCCUUCUGGUUGCCCCUUUCCUCUAUGUCCGCCUCCGCGUCCACCCAGCCGCUCACGGCCAACGGAUUCCCGCCGUCGCCGCUGUACGCUCCCCAAGCUUUGCCGCCUCAGGCCUAUCCUCCCACGGUGAUCGACGCGCAGCAAUACGUGCCCGCGCAGGGCUACAUUCAAAGCGUGGCUGCCCCUGCACCGGCGCAAGUGUACAUGUCUCAGAUUUCUGCUCCUGACGGUUACGGCUCAGAGGUGGGAGGAACCCAGGCCUACAGCUACGCACCUUCGCAUAGCUACGCGCCAUCUCAGACCUACGCGCCGUCACAGAGUUACGCGGCCAGCUACGCCGGCCGCCGCUACUCCACCCGCUCCCGGAUGUCCGCCAUUGAGAUUGACAUUCCCGUGGUGACACACGGCUGAUUGAAUUCCCGAUCAUUGAAGUAAGGUCCUGUGGAGGGGUCUGGAUCUAUUUCAUAUGAAGGAAAAUGACCAUGAAGUCGCGGACCACACACUUGUGCGACUCUAAACUAGGGCUGAAUUAUUUUUUAAAAAAAUGUUUUUUUUUUUCUCCACAAUAUUGCAAUUGUGCUUUAAUAUGCGAUCUUUUUUUUUUCCAAGAUUGUCUUUCAAGACAAGCAAUAAAUUAAUCUGUAUUGCAAUAAGCAAUGUCAUCUCUCUUAAACAUAAAUGUUUGGGUUUUCCAGACAAAUUUGGCAUGAACAUAAUUCAGUCGGUUAUAAUUCAGAUCAUGCAAACAAAUUUAUGGCUUUCUCACUUCAUUUUUUCAUGUCUUAUGAAACAAUGAUAUUUAAACGUCUGGACUGAACUUAUUUAGCACCUCGGCAAUAUACACCUGUAAAAACAUACAGUAAAGUCAUCUGACCAAAAUGAAGUAGAUGACCCCCCCACCCCCA